GGGACAUAAUAGUAUCGUCUGCUUCUGGUCUUUGUUUUUAUUUAUAUUUAUUGUUUAUUUCAUAUUUCUGUUUCACUAGGGUAAUAACUUUACCACUUUUCCAACAGACUAUUUUUGCAUCGUAAAAGAGACUCAAAGUACUCUGUACAACUUCAACAGUUCCAUUUUGCAAAUAAAUGAUCAUUGUUACUAUCCAAAAUGAAUUCCAUUUGCACACAACCGGAAUCUUCAAAAGAUAAUAUUUCAUUCAUUAAAGAAAUUCAGAUGAUGAUGUUUGGGUUGGGAGACAGUCCUACGCCUCUGUUGACCACUGCCUCUGUGAUUGAGGAGAUAGUGCUUCGACAACUGGUUUGCAUCAUCACGCAAGCUGUGGAAGUGGCUGACAGUAGAGGGGUGGAAGGCAUAUACCCCCAGGAUAUUCUAUUUAUUUUGCGCAAAGAUGUUCACAAGCUGCAAAGAAUGAUUUCUUAUAUAGGUUUCAAGGAGAUGAAAAAAAAUUUGACCAGUUCAUUAGGCGAAGAUGAUAUGACGAGGUUGGAGGAUUUAGUUCCAUUAACACCAGAUCCCAGCAAAUCCAAACGUAAGGAAAUAUGCUUGCAGUUUCUACUGUCUAUAGGGAUCAACCUAGAAGAAGUGACUACUGUUGAUUCUGUCAAGAUGGAGCGAUUACGCAUGGCAGAUUACCGUACUCAGAUGAUGUCUCAGAAAAGCUUUGAAGAUUACAAUGUGUCAAGGCGGGCCACAUUUUUGGGUGCUAAGUUAAACAACGGAAGGUUUUUAGAUUGGUUGCGGCUUCUAGCACCUGACUGUCCUGUACACAAGUUAAAAUCAUUCAGUGUGGAGAUGUUACUGUACUUAGCGAAGGAGACGGUUGCUCAGCUUGUAGACCUUGCACUGCUGCUACGGCGAGAUGCGUCUGUGUCUCCACUGGACCCUUACAGUCGAGCGCACCGCACUACACUCUCAUUCGAGACCUUCGGUACCUCUCAGCGACAGCUGGAAGGAUCCCCACCAAUCACUCCCGGUGAAGUGAGGGAAGUGUUGAGAAGAUAUUACUCUACCCAACUCCAUCCUUGGGGAACCUUCACGUGCAACCUAGACACUGCCGUCUUCAACAAGAUCCUGGCCUGUUGACACAUGAUUGUUAACCUUUAUUUUAUACCUUCUACCUUCAUGAACCAGUGUAAAUAUUGUAAACAAUUAUUUAAAGUAUUUUACUAUGA